CGACCCCGCCGGGGGGCGCUGGCGGCCCGCAGCCGCUCUUUUCCCUCCCUGUCCUCCCACCGCAGGAAGGCUGGGGCCCAGCCAGAGCCCGCCGAGCUGUUCGCCCAGCAAGAGGAGGAGCCCGUGCCCUGGGCUGGAGACCAGGAAGACGACGACAAAGACAACAACGACGACAAGGACGAGGACGACGACGACAACGACGACGACGACGACGACGGCCAGGACACGUGGGCCUUCGAGGCGGAUGAGACCUUAAGGGAACAGAAGAACAGCUCCAAGAAAAUGGGCAGGAAAAGCAAUGAGAGCCGCAGCGGCAGUCUGCAGGUGUCAAGCAUCUCUCAGGAGAAUCACUCUCAGUGGAACCUGGAUGCAGAAGAACUCUUUGAUGAAAAAGAAACCUUCUCAUCUGAAAAUGAUAGGGCAGCAGGUGGCAAAACUAACAAGAGCCAUCUGGAAAAUCCGGCGGAACAGCUGGUAUUGCAGCUGACCGUAUCAGAGCAUGCUCACAGUAGAUCACAGCAGAACAGUAAUCAAGGGGUAUUUCAGCUAUGGAGUUCUCCUGUUAAUAAAGGAAGUACUGUAGAUAAAAGAAACAGCAGUGUGGAAGAAAAUGUCACAGACGAGAGUGACUUGUCCGAAAACGAGAAAAUGAAUGACUCUCUGCUGAGCUACUUUAAAAAGAUGGACCUGAACUUAAAGCCAGAAACGAUAGAACACGUGGAGAGAGCUUUCCCAGAGGAAGCAGGCCAAGUGCCUGUAUAUGCCGACUUUCUCCCUGCCCCUUUCAACACUCUGGACCUACACAGAUUUGCCUUCUCCAAAUGCGAAAGCUGGAAGGCGGCAGUGGAGCCUCCGGAAAGUUCCAUUGAGCGUUUGAUUCUUCGUUUGUUAGAACUGGAAAGAUUACAGCAUAUGACCAUACAGAGAGAGAGGCCAAGGCUGCAAAGCACUUUCUAUAGCUCCAUGUUUUCAAUGGCAGAACGACCUUCUUCCUCUAAAGCCAUCGCACUGAAAGCCAAGGCGCCAAAGAUUCCUGAAACGUCGACUGUCCAGACCUCUGGCGUAGAUAAAAAUCGAGACAAGAGAAAAAACAACUCUGGCUCUGGCAAGCCAGAACAAAAUGUUCCCAAAUGGAGCUUGAGCAGCGCUGGCAAAACUAAGUCGAACUCUAAAGCGCUGCUAAAAUGUCCAUCCACUUCAAAGCAGUGUGCUGUGGCUCAUGAUGACCUCAAGAAUUCCAAGAACUCCAGUUUAAACCCUUGCCAGGAACCCCCACCCAAGCCUACUACUACUACCCAAGCAACUCAACCAAUGGCUAAAGUGGUCUCAACAAGAUGCCUCCCACCGAGGUCCCCGAUGCCAGUUUCCCCUAUACCCCUGUCCUUCCCUGAAAAUCCAAGGGAAGAAGGUAAAGUGCCAAGGACCAAAAAGAAAUGUCACCGAAAAAGCAUACUACUGAAUAGAGCUUUCUAUAUUCAGAAGCGAAACUGCUUAUCACCUUCACUUAUAGCUAGGGGCAAGUGCUCACCCACUGACCAAAAAUAGCUUUCAUACAUCUCAAUGUGAGCGAAUCUAUCCCACAAAACCCAGCUAAAAUAUGGUUCAUAAUUGAGACACAGGUAUUAGAAACAAAAAUCUUGCUAUGACAUGGGUAGAACCCAUGAAUGUCACUGCUGACUCUAUCUACAGUCAAGGGCUUCCUCAGUAAUACUGACAAUCUUUUGGAUGUUCUGUCUCAUUUAGUAAAGCAAACCUAUUCAGAAGGCUGUUUUUUUGUUGUGAUUGUUUCCCCAUGAUUCCAUCAUCAAUAAAUAGUAUAAUUG